CAGACAGCUGACAGCUCCGAGAUGUGUCAGCUGCGCUCAUGUAGAACAGAGGGGGGGGAGGGCGGUGCCUGUGUAAUGGCCACAGAGCCCCCUGCCUGUCUCUUUAAGAGUAUUUAAGGCAUCCAGGCAGGGCAUUCUCUUCCCGCUGCCACGGUGCUGCGCUGCUUCUGCCUUUUGCAUCCUCUUACCCCUCCUCCUGUUCCAACAUCACAAGCUGUGCCUGAAGCUCCGAGGUGAGACCUUCUCAGAUCCUGCUUCAUGCUGGGGGGACGCAGCACCUGCGUGAUAAGGGGCGCUCCUGCCGGACCCCGAACUCCCCCCCUGACCCCUGCGCACCCUCUUCCGGUGAGACAGUGAAACAGGAGAGAAUGACUGGGGAGGAGGAAGAGACGAUUGCUCAGUGGCGUUGGCUCUAACAGCACAGGAGAUCCUGGAGGAGGAGGAGGAGGAGGAGGAGGAGAAGAAGCAUUGUGUGUGUGUGUGUGUGCAGUUAGGGAACUGAAUCCACUCUCUUCCAAAAUGCCUGUCAGGAGGGGUCAUGUUGCACCGCAGAACACCUUCCUGGGGACCAUCAUACGCAAAUUUGAAGGACAAAAUAGAAAAUUCAUCAUUGCCAACGCCAGAGUUCAGAAUUGUGCUAUCAUUUACUGCAAUGACGGCUUCUGUGAAAUGACUGGAUUCUCAAGGCCAGAUGUCAUGCAAAAGCCAUGUACCUGUGACUUCCUCCAUGGCCCAGAGACCAAGAGGCACGAUAUCGCUCAGAUUGCACAAGCUCUGUUAGGAUCAGAGGAAAGGAAAGUUGUGGUUACCUACUAUCAUAAAGAUGGAUCCACCUUUCUUUGUAGCACACACGUUAUACCGGUAAAAAACCAAGAAGGAGUAGCAAUGAUGUUUAUUAUGGAUUUUGAAUACGUGAUGAAAAUCGAAAGUCCAGGAUCGCCAGAGAAGAUAACUCAGUUAAUUCCUAUUACGGCAGAAAAUCGGAAAUUAUUUGGAAUCCAGUUUCCAACAUUAAGACUUCUGAGCCACAGAAAGCAGUCGUUAGCACAGGAAGACCCAGAUGCCGUUAUUGUAGAUUCUUCAAAGCACAGCGAUGACUCUAUGGCAAUGAAGCACUUUAAAUCCCCCACAAAGGAAAGUUGCAGCCCCUCUGAAGCAGAUGAUACAAAAGCCUUGAUUGACUCCCAUAAGUGUUCCACUUUGGUUAAUGUAACAGGACCUCUUGACCAUUCUUCACCAAAACGGCAAUGGGAUCAGCUUUUCCCCGACAGGCUUCAUGCGGGGUCGCACAUAUCUCAUGCUAGAUCAAAAGACAGCAUUUGUAGUAUGAGAAGAGCAUCAUCAGUACAUGAUAUUGAAGGAUUUACCAUUCAUCCCAAGAGUGUCUUUAGAGACCGUCACGCGAGUGAAGACAAUGGCCGUGAUUUCAAAGUUUCACAUUCGUGGAUGACAGGGGGCCCAUUUAACCAUAUCAAAUCCAGCCUCCUUGGAUCAACGUCCGACUCAAACCUGAACAAAUACAGCACCAUCAACAAAAUACCCCAAUUAACCUUAAACUUUUCAGACAUAAAAAAUGAAAAAAAGGCCUCAUCCCCUCCUUCUUCCGAGAAAACUAUUAUAGCACCCAAGGUUAAAGAACGAACUCACAAUGUCACAGAAAAGGUUACCCAGGUUCUUUCAUUGGGAGCUGAUGUCCUACCAGAAUAUAAACUUCAAACACCUCGCAUCAACAAGUUUACUAUUUUGCACUAUAGCCCAUUUAAGGCAGUAUGGGACUGGUUAAUUUUGUUACUCGUCAUUUAUACUGCCAUAUUUACUCCUUACUCAGCUGCCUUUUUACUCAAUGAUGUAGAGGAGCAAAAGAGACGUGAAUGUGGAUACUCAUGCAAUCCCCUGAAUGUUGUCGACCUCAUGGUAGAUAUCAUGUUUAUCAUUGAUAUCCUCAUCAAUUUCAGAACCACUUAUGUCAAUCCGAAUGAAGAAGUCGUAAGUGACCCUGCGAAAAUAGCAAUCCAUUACUUUAAAGGCUGGUUCCUAAUAGACAUGGUCGCAGCUAUACCCUUUGAUCUGCUGAUUUUUGGUUCUGGAUCUGAUGAGACCACAACACUUAUUGGACUUUUAAAAACUGCCAGGUUAUUACGACUGGUGAGAGUUGCUAGAAAACUGGACAGAUAUUCAGAAUAUGGUGCAGCUGUUUUGAUGCUUCUAAUGUGCAUAUUUGCACUAAUCGCACACUGGCUUGCUUGCAUUUGGUAUGCCAUUGGCAAUGUGGAGCGACCUUAUUUAAUUCACAAAAUUAGCUGGUUGGAUGCACUGGGAGAGCAAAUAAAGAAACCAUACAAUUACAGUGAUCCCAGUUCUGGACCUUCUAUCAAGGACAAAUAUGUUACAGCUUUGUACUUUACAUUUAGCAGCUUAACAAGUGUUGGGUUUGGAAACGUAUCCCCAAACACCAACUCAGAGAAGAUCUUCUCCAUAUGUGUCAUGUUGAUUGGCUCAUUAAUGUAUGCAAGUAUUUUUGGAAAUGUAUCUGCAAUAAUCCAAAGAUUAUAUUCAGGAACCGCUCGGUACCACAUGCAGAUGCUGAGAGUGAAAGAAUUCAUACGAUUCCAUCAAAUCCCCAAUCCUUUACGUCAAAGGCUUGAAGAGUAUUUUCAGCAUGCAUGGAGUUACACCAAUGGCAUUGACAUGAAUAUGGUACUGAAGGGUUUCCCAGAAUGCCUACAAGCAGACAUAUGUCUUCACCUCAAUAAGACAUUGCUGCAGAACUGCAAAGCAUUUAACGAUGCCAGUAAAGGAUGCCUCCGAGCUUUAGCGAUGAAGUUCAAGACCACCCACGCACCACCUGGCGAUACACUUGUUCACUCUGGUGAUAUUCUUACAGCACUCUAUUUUCUCUCGAGGGGCUCCAUAGAAAUUCUAAAGGAUGAUAUUGUGGUAGCAAUUCUAGGUAAAAAUGACAUCUUUGGUGAAAUGGUGCAUCUGUAUGCCAAGCCUGGAAAAUCAAAUGCUGAUGUCAGAGCACUCACCUACUGUGACAUGCACAAAAUCCAGCGAGAGGACCUGCUAGAAGUAUUGGACAUGUACCCUGAAUUUUCUGAUCAGUUUCUAACAAAUCUGGAGUUGACUUUCAAUCUCAGAGAUGAGAAGGCUACGCUCUUGAGAUCGCAUGCAGAUAUUGAUUUUGAUGGUGAAGAUUGCAAACUUCGGAGAAGGAAAUUGUCUUUUAAAAACCAAUCAGAUGAAGAUUGUAGCAGAGAUGAAAGUCAGGAUGGAUCUGAAAAUUCUAUUGAUGACACAAGAAAUGAUUCUUCUGCAAAAAGGAAUUUGGACAUAAAGAAAAGCGGGUCUACAUCUUCUUCUAUCAAUGAGACAAAACCAUUAUUUACAGAAAUCAGUGCUUAUACCUCAGUCUUCGCAAAGCCUUCAGGGCUUCAGUUUGAAGAGGCUAUAUGUCCUUCAGAAAAACUCAACCUUGGGAAAAGGAGUGCUUCCAUCAAAGAUAUCACUGGUACAAGGAGCUGGGAAAGAGAGAACACCAUGUUACAUGACAGCGUACCUAAUCAUUCAGCAUUAAAUCAUACCACAUGGGGAAUCUGUGAAGCUGAUAACGACCUCACGUAUGGAGAAGUGGAGAAGAGACUAGACUUGAUACAGGAACAAAUGAACCGGUUAGAAUCGCAAAUGACGACUGAUAUUCAAGCCAUUCUCCAACUCCUGCAGAGGCAGUCGUCCAUCAUCCCGCCAGCCUACAGUAUGGUAACUGCUAGUUCUGAAUAUGCCACGCCGGCAGUUAGACGGGUACAGAACAUGCACGCCAAGGCAUCCAUCAAAACAGAUAGAAGUUUUAGUCCUUCAUCUCAGAGCCCUGAUCUUGGAGAACUUGAGAAAUCAAGACCAAAAUCCAAAGAAUCACUUACAAGUGGGGCUCAUUUAAACCCAACCCCAGAAGACAACCUGGCACAGGUGGUGGAUCAUGGAGAAGAGCAUCCCUUAGAGACUCAUCCCAGACAUUGUGCAUCCUAUCUCAAUCCAAUGAGGCACACAUCCUUGCCAGAUUCUUCUGUAAACUGCCUAGGGAUCGUAGGCCUAAACAGACAUGAAUCUGAUCCUGGUCUUCCUGGGAACUAAUCCAAAUUAGCUAAUUUUAUAGUAUACCUUCAAAUAAAAUGUAAGUGCUUUUAAUUGCUGUUUUCCUCUUUGUAUAUAGAAAUCCUCUAUACUUGACUCAGGGGCAAAAAUGGAUAUCUAAUAUGCAAAAGUACUGUAUAUUUUGAUACAUUUGAAGCUUAUAAAGGUACAUUGGAAAGUCAUGUUGUAAAAUCCUGUAAAGACUAUGCUCAAUACUUAAAACUGCCAGCAUCACAAGGCACCUUAUAUUUUUUUAAGUUUUUUUUUUAACCACUUGCAUGUUAUGAAAUGGGUUUAUACCGCAUGAAGAAUGGCAUUAAAUUAUUUCACUGAGAUGGAAUGUUAUUGUCUGAAUGCUUUCACAUCUGUGGGGUCAGCUUAUUAAGAUCUCCCAUGUCCAACUUUCAUGCAGAAAUCUAUAUAUGAAGGUGAUUGCUUCAUUUCAGUUUCAGUUCUGUCAACUGGGAAUUUCUGCCGAUCCAGUCUACUUCAGAAUUCUACACAUUUGGACCAAAUAUCACAACCCACUCUACAGAAAGAAUAAGGCGAGGAGUUUUGGGGCACCAGGGAUUAUUUUUGGUGAUAAAAGAAGAGUAAUGUUAAUGUUGAGUUUCGAAUGACCCACAUGAAAGGCUUUUUCUGUUCAUUGUGACCUAAUUUAUGUAUGUUUGCCUUAGGCAAUACAAUUAGACUGUAAGCUCUACUGGGCAGGGUGUUGCUGUGUCUGAAAGUUUUCCAUACGAAACUGCCAAAUGUAACACCCAAAUAGAAUGCAUUUCAAUGA